AAGUAAUGUCAAAAACCGCAUGCGCAUUUGGUAUGCGCAAAGGACUGUAAACACACCAUACAAUGUACACGCUAACUAAAGGCUUAGCACCAAGUAAAAUUGUCGCGAGCGCUCACAGCAGAGGGCCUCCAAGACAUCUGGAUAGCUACGAAAACCGAGAUAAAAACACCACAGUUUCAUCAAAAUCUUUAAGUAAGACCGAAGCUUCCGACGAACAAGCAGCAGAAAUGAGCAAUCCCAGACCAACAUUUCAACAACAGAGACGAACAAUAAAUAGAAGACCUCAACCUUCUGUCAGUCAGGAUUCCACGUUGCAGGAAAAUCAUCAGGAAAUGGUUAAUUUUUUAACCAAACAGUGGCAAAAAGUUCAAGAAAGUUUAACCAAAGACGGAGAAAACAGCUAUGAAAUUUACAAGGAGAGGGGAGAGCCAAAGCGACGCACUGACCCAAAUUACCAAGCUUUUGAUUUGGAGCGUUUUUGGGAGAACAAGCAAUUAACAAUUAUAGGAAAAUCCACAAGCUGAACCAAUGUUUAUUGUGCCUUUUAGAAAUUAAAAACCUUCCUUUAAAAAAAAACAACAAAAAACAAAAGCAGCAACCAAUGUAUUAAUUGGACUAUGACCAUCAUAUGGUUGAGCUCAAACCAAUUGUUUGCUUGCUGCUACUAGGUUAUUCAGAUCAAGUUUUGGAAUGUUUCUGAUGCAGUUUAUGGAAGAGCAUCCAUGUUACAGGGAUACCCCAACAUGAAUUCUAUUUUAGGAUUUGUUCUAUAAUUAUUCUCAGCUUUUAGAGUUGUUUUCCUUGUUUGUAUUCAAUGAUAUGGUUAUGGUACAUCCAUAUUUGGUCAUUAUAAUAAUUGAAUUUCUUAGAUUUACCACACUGUUCAAAAGUUGUUUUGUUGAUUUAAAAAGAAAGUAUUUCAGUUGUUUUAAACUUCCAGUGCUAGUGUCAAGUCCAGAAAUCUGAACUGUGGCAUUCAGUUUUCAUUCAUAAUUUAAUUUUCAAUAUACAUUUUUAAAAUGUAAAUAGAAGAAUAAAUGGCAGCUACCCAUGUUUUCAUUUUUGAUGCCUAACAUAUUAAAGUAUUAACAAGAAGCAGGACUGGUGAAUAGGAGUCAAGCAAUUGUUGUUCUGUUUUGAUUGAAGUUGUAGAACAAUCUGUUCACACUUUGUAUUCAUAAAUGUAAUUUUUUUAAAUAGAUAAAUAUCAUCUGCAGUUCCUAGAACUCUAACCCACUUCAACAAUUAUUGAAUGGAAAGGAUUACCAAGUUUGACCAAGUUUUAUUUGAACUAUUCCUAUAGGCAUAACUUUCAUCUUUUAAUCUGAAAUAAGUGGACAUUGAUUUUUUUUGUCUAGUUAGUGAGUAGUGAGAUGAGUAAUAGAGUGGCAUUUUGAAUAGAAUGACAGCAUUUCAUGUUGAGAUCUGAUCUUUGUUUUUUGUGUCUGCUGUUCAGUUGGUUUUUUCUUUUUACAUUUUCAUGUGUUGCUAAGAGUAUAUUGUAUGACUAUUAGAAUGAGAAUUGUGUAAAUGAGGUUAGUCUCCCCUUCUUGCUCUACACGUGUAGAGGUCUCCCAUUAGCUGCAAUACGGUCAUCCUUCCCAACUGAGAUUUUGUACAAGUGAUUGAUAAUUAUAGCUGCUGUAAUAGUGAGUAACAAUUUCAGUCUUAUGACUUUUUAUAAUUUGCGUGAGCUUUUAUUAAGCUGUUGUGAAAAAUACAGCGUGCCUUGUGUAGUUGCCAUUGCCUACUGGGUGCAUGUGAAGGCUACAAUUGAAUCCGUUUGUCUGGAGUUGUGUUAGAUUUGUUCAAUUGUUGACACAAAUACAAAAUACAAUUAUUUUUAAUACAA